AUGAAUAAAACUUUAAAAUUUAAUAGAAGAUUAUAACAGCCUUCCGAAUAGAUGGGAUUUUGUGUUCAAUGCUUUAGUUUUAUUCCAAUAACUGAAAUAGACUCUCAUUGUCUUAGUUGCAUGGAAAAUAAAAGAAAUAUUGAAUGUUAUUCUGACAAUAUUUCAUUUUAAUUGGAGCAUAUUAAUUAAGUUGCUUAGAAUGGAAUGGAUAAAUGUGAAAAAGGAUCUGAAAAGUCAAAGUAUUUAAUUAGAAUUUAAGAACUUUGCAAACAUAUACAAAGCAUAAAAUGUUAUAAUAUGUUAAGUAUUAAAAAACUUGAGGAUCUGGAAAGUGAAGUAAAAGUCUUACUUUCUUAUCCUCCAUAAUCUAUGAGUGUUGUAAUGAUGUUAACAAGAUUAUAAUCUCUUUUAAAGGAAAAGUUAGAAUUGUAAAAUUAACGCAAGCAAAUAACAUAUAAUUCAUUACCUUAAAAUAGUACAGCUAGAAUAAAGACUGAAUAAAACAAUAGUGAUAAUAAUAAUUCAAUCUAUGAUUACAGACAAUUUUAAUCUGAAAACAAUCUAAAAUAAUCAUUAGAGUUUAAAAGGAAUUUCUAUUCUAAAUGCCUUGAAAUGAAAGUAAAGUUGCCAAAAAAUCAUCCAGCUUAAUAAAUUUUAGUUUAAGAUCUAUACAACUUUGUUAUUAAAAAAAACUAUACUUAAGAAUAGGCUGUAAAUUUUAUAAAGAAAUGUUUUAUGGAAUAUGAAAUUAAUUGA